GGUACCGCACCCGUCGGGUUCCAGUAUUCAGUCUGCUCUGAGCGCCCGUGGCGUUCGGUUGGUUGACGAUCGUUCGGGGUUUCGUUCACAUGUGCGCCCUCCGAACCCCCGUACGAUUCGCGGCUGCUCGGAUUCAGGGGAAAAGUCGGGGAAUUUCUUUUUUAAUUUAACUUCCACGUUCGAAUUUCGAUGGAAUGUACAGAAGUUUAUCGUCGAUUGUUACUCAAGAGACAUAAAGAAGAAGAAAAAAACUAAAUAAACAAUUUCAUUAUACGCCCAAUGUAACGCGGUAUUGUUGAUCCUGGUUUUCGUUGUUCGGUAAAACCGUUAUUAUUAUCAUCGUCGUCGUCGUCGUCGAUCGUCGAAAUUCAUUUCGAUGUACGGGGAUGGAAAAAAAAAACUUAAUUGAUCGAUCGAACGAAUCGAGGAGAUCGAUAAAGAUACUUGAAAAUUAAUCUACCGAUCGGCUGUAAUGAGAUGUUCGAAGACCAAGUGGUUCGAGGGUGAAAAAAACAACAAAAAAAACCAAAAAACAAAAAAAACUUAAAUAAUCAUUCACAGAGACGUGAGAACGUCGACCGUACGUGUUUUUUUUUUUUUCCCCCAGUUACACAAUUAAAAUUCCUCGUCGUCAGAUAUAUAAAUCGUAUUGCAGUUGUACCGUGUGAUUUUAUUAAUUGGUUUUAAUCGAAGUUCCGUUUUCGUUUCGUUGCAAACGAUAGUUCUUGUGUCGACUCGGUGUGAGGAGGAAGGCGACUCGUAACUAUACGUGAACUGUACGGCGAGCUACGAAUUUUUUUGAUCCUGCGGGAAUAUUCUACAUCGCUUGUGAUAUAGUUCGGACGUCGGACUGCACCGGAAAAUAGAGAGAAGAAGUGAACUGAAAAUAUAGAAAAUCGCGAGGCAUUAAAAGUGGGAAGGAGAAAGGAGCGGGGAACGGCGUGAAAGGAGGAAGAAGAGAGAGAAGCGAAAGAAACAAAAAAAAACCGUAAAUUUGGCAAGGGAAAAAAGUGAGAGACGAGAAAGUAAUGGAGUCGCUUAGUAUGCUAAUGAGAACUGCAGUAGGGGACGAUUGUACGAAGACCUUUAAUGAACGAAAUUCUACGCGAAAAUGUAAAAAAUAGAAAACAACAAAAUAAAUUAUAUAAGUGAUGAUAAAAAUCACGCGGGUAUACAGGUAUAACUUUUCGCGAGAUUGACGCUCUUCCUGGGGUACAACCGAGAAUAUACAAUAUGAAAUUAACUCGAAUAUGAAUUGAAAAUUAUUUAAACAACGCGAGUGAUUGAAAACGUGCGGUGUAUUAUGAAAAUUUCAACGAGGCGAUGUUUCGAAAUCCAAAGAGUAAAUUUUCGGGAUAGUUUUUUCUUUGAAACCGGUCUCCAAGUUAUUUAUUCGUACUUCCCGUUCCUCCCGGUGCGGAUUUUAAAAUAAAUUAUCGUCGGUCGAAGUGAUUGAUUGACUGUACAGACCGAAAGUUGAGGAACGAAAAGAGUGAUCAUUAGGCAAAUAAUAUAAACAAAAUGUUCGGUACUAAGUUCCGGUCUUGGAUGGAAGCUCACAUAGUGCGACCGAGGAAAAAAAAGGAUCGAAAAAAAGGUGACAAAGGAUUCGAUUCGAAUUGCAAUUCUCCAAGCAGUCACAGCGCCAAUAGAUCUCCCGCUCCACAUCAGGUAUAUCCAGUGGAAGCUCCGUCGAAAAAUUUGGAUACGAUUAAUCUUCACGCUUCUGGAUAUACGACGGUUACAACGUCGUCGGGAACAUCGGGAGGAACCGGAAGUGUGCAUCUUUCGUCACCCGAAAGUGCUUACAGCACGGGAUAUUCUACAGAUGGUACAUCACCUGGAGCGAGUUAUCCACCUGAAUAUUAUAUUAACAUUAGAACUGGGACGCAUUAUUUUCAAAGUAACAAAACUGCUGCUACCGCUGCUGCUGCUGCUGCUGCUGCUGCUGCUGCUGCUGCCGGAGGAGGGGAGAAAACAGGCGACGUCGUUAUCGAACCAACUAUUACUGCUAUUAAAAAAGCGCAAGUCAAUAACGGAAAAUUAACUAAUUGCAACGAGAAAUUACUAAUCGAUAAAAGCGCAAACGGAAUUACUAUGAAUAAUUCUAAUGCUUCACCGCGAGGGAAUAGGGAUCGCAGAGAACCGAGGACUACAAGCACCCCGAAUAAGAACUCUGAGGGGUGUUCGACGGGAAACCAGCAGCAGAGGCCUCAGCAAAAACUAGUGCAGACGCACAGAAGGACGGAAUCGUGUUCGAUAGACGCUGCAAGAAUUUCGAAUUUCCUCCCCGUACCAACUUCGAUUCCUCCACCUUUGGUACCGUCACCUCCUCUACAAUCACCGAGACAACGUUCUCGCAUUCGUACCAAUCCGUGGCUCUCCGCCAAUUCUUCGGGCUCCAGUACCAACGGAGUUAAGUCCAGAUUGGCCAUCGACGAAUCUAGUAGUAGCUCAGGAUUAAAGUUAACCGAAUCUUCCGGCAGCGCCAGCGACGUCAACGUUAAUAUCAACGUUAAUCUUACUAGAAAUUUCGAUUGUCGACCCGGAAGCCUCAGCGCCGGUAGAAGUCCGAUAAAUCAGAAUUGGAGAAUUUCACCGCGGGUUGAGCUUCGUUCGAAGGUUCCAAUUCCGGUGGCACGGUGCAGCAGCAGUUCUUCGGGUUCGUCCUUGACGCGUAGCCUUCGUUCUUCGGACGAUGACAUAACGCUGAACGAGAUGAUGGGGAAAUUCGAUGAGAGUUACGUGUACGAAAAAGAGACCGAUAUUUUAUCCGACAGCGAUCCGACCGACUGCGAAGAUUACAUAGACUCUUUAUCGGACAUAGACACCGGCCAAGACGGAGGCGAUGAAAACGAACCGUUCGAAAAUGACGAUUUCGAUUUCAUUGAUAACGGGUCUCUGCUGGAUAUCGAUAAACUGGAUCCUCAUGCGGCUGCUCUCCGAAACACUGGACAUUGUACCUAUUUUACUUUUACGAGCGAAUUAAGUCGCAAGGGUACGAGACUCCGAGAGUCAUUUUUGAAGCGUAGAACCGCUACGAAGGAUAAUCAGGAGAACGGUACAAGAUCCAGCGUUAGGAGUAGUUCGAAGCGACAGAGUACACGGUUGCGAAAAACUGAUGAAAAAUCAACGGGGGAAAAGAGAAAGAAGAGAAUAUCUCAGAGGCGGAAAGCAACGUAUGAUAAAUGCGACGACGAGACAGCGAACAUGAACCGAGUUUUGGUUGAAAGAAUGUUAUUGAAAAAUUCGGGUUUUAAUCAAGGGAGCAGAAGCGUUGGGGGAACGCCAAUAUGCCUGAGGAGGAAGAAACAGAUCCACGACGUCAACAAAAAUCUGUCCCCGUUAAAACUCCAGGAAAAUUCUCUGCAGGUCAGAUCGGCUGUUAUUACGGAAAAUGAGAUAUUGAAACGGAGAUCGAACUCUGUGAGUUACGUGAAUGGGAAUAUGGUGAGAAGUCACGUAGCUGGACGUACUUAUAUGACUGCAUUUGCAUCGGAAAUAGCGUUGAUGGAAGCGGACAAGGAGGCGGACCGAAAGUACAAGGAGCUGAUUCUUGAGGCGGAAAAUAUUUUAGUUAACAUGAAGAAUAAUUCAUCCCCCGUUCUACCCUCGCCGAGAAAGAUCCAUAACGGCCUCGCUAACAAAAGAGUAGAACUCAUUAAAAACACGGAAUUAAAUAUAGAACUCGCCCUCUCGAAGAGUAGGAAUUCACAACCGGAAUUGCAGAGCGGAAGUAUCAAGGACCUCGAGCACACGAGUCCGAAAAGGCAGUUCUCACAGCCUUGUUGUUCACCCAUAAGAAAGUUCAUGGAGCGAAAUUCCCCUAACGGCAUGAUUAUCAAGGAAAAUCUGUACAAACAGGAGCUAGCAAAAUGUCCAAAUUCACCGAUGAUAAUCAGAAGGACUCCUCAGAGUUCGCCGAGCAGAAGCGUAGUCCAAAGUAGGCUGCAAAUCACCGAGAGGGAGGUAAGAGAGGAUAAGAAGGAUCAAGUUCAAACGCAGAAUUGCAACGGCGUUACAUCGCCGAGAUUAUCGGAGAGAUCUGCUGGCUCGAUUACUUACGCAAGUGGGAAUCAGGCGAACGUCUUUACGCCAAAAGGAAAGAAAAAAUCAAUCGUUUGCAGAAAGGAUCUAGUCUCUUCCUCGAGGAUCGUCAGAGACGAGGGGCUCACAUCCAGCUCGUCAGACUCCGACGAGAGGUGCGAUGUCAGGCAAAAACCACCGCUGCUGACUUUCAGAUCCGUGGACAUCGGACCCACCCGCGAAGCAUCCUCGUACUGUCCUCAAAGUGAACCAGUUAAGCGAAAAGUCUACGCGGGUAGUGCAACUUACGGUCGUAUACAGAAAUCGUUGGGAGAACACAACGCUGCAUUUAGAAAUUCGGACGGCGAUACAGCAACCGAUGAUACUGAUGAUUCCAAACGUUCGCUGAGAGAAAAAGUUACCCAACUCCGUCAGGAACGCCUAGCAGCUGAAGCUAACAUGAACGCUCAAGAUACGCAGUUAUUUCAGCAUCAGUUAUCGCAAUUGCGAAGACAGAUGCUGGUGCAGACUAUCGAAGGACUGAAACGCAGUUUGGAGGACCAGUCAGCGACUCUGAAACAAACGUGUUUGGAAGCUACUGCACUCGAUAAUGGAAUGAAUUGAGUAGGUUCGCGUGGGUCAUCUGCAACACCGUCGAAGGAGGAAAUGGACUUGUCUUCAAACCGAAGCUUGCCCUUUUCGGUCGGGUCUCCGUCUACUCGAACAUCCUUUCUGCCCCUAGAUUGGCGCAUACAAGCCUGGGUAGCACGCUGCAAGUUUCCCAUGCCGAGUAAGUAGAAUCUGCUCUUGAACAGGGUAUAAAUGACUCAACCAGAAGAAAGAACGACAUCUGCACCGCAGCCGACCAGAAGUGAAUUGUGAUUUCUCUGCGAGGAGGAGUUUCGUCGCUAGCAAUCAACGCCAAACAUAUCAACCGUUUUUGCAGUUGCAGAGAUAAUUACGAGCAGCGGGUUUGAGACUAAACAUUUUCAACAAAGGAAGCCUAACUUAAUCGGUUUAAAAAUCUAUCAAAAUGGUUUAAUGAAAGCCAACGUGCCUAUUUCAUGACCUAGUUUUUCACUCUUUCACCUCACAUUUGAUCCGGAAAUUCAUAAAGAUAAAAAAAAAUGUACGAAAGAAAAAGAGAAAAGCCGGAUAGGAACAACACUGCCUAUCUCAUGCCAGUUCGUCUCACCAGUUCGACGAUGAGUUUCGCGAGUUGUCCUCGUAUAAGGGGUGUUAGGUAUAUUUUAUCUGUACAGUUAAUUUGAUAAGUUUUAAUUGCGUUUCAAUCGAGAUCUUCCUUCAUUUUUUACUAAUUGAAAUUACUCGUAAUUUGUAGUUUAGGAAUUUCUUUAACGUACUACACCUACUCGCCAUACAUACAUGGGGAUCAGGCCUGUUACUCAAACGCUGCUUGUAGAAAUAUGAGAAGGAGAAAAAAAAAUCACAGCAAUUUCAAAAAUUGAAAGCAGAAAUAUAAUGGAACAUUUUAGCAGUCAGCACAGAAAUAAAAUAUAAUUCUCAAGUUAUGUGAUGCGGUUAUCAAACAAACCCAGUUGUAUUAACAUCAGGUUUGUUCGAUGGAUGAUUACUAGAACAACAUGGGAAUCUUGCAUGGUAAAAUUCCAAAUAUAUCAGCAUCGUUGAUGAUUAGAUGGGCAAAAAUUUUAUUUCAAACUACAAACACAGGGUAAAACUGUUUUGCGAAAUACAAUAUUAUGUACACCAAUCGGAAAAUAGAUUUAUUUUAAAUGCCAUCAUUUAACGAACCAGCCACUCCUCUGUUGUGCAUAACAAUAAAAUCGGUUUGUAUUCGAUCAAAAGCCUGGCAUAGAUACGAUGAUUUUUAAAUGUAUACUCUGGACAGCCUAACGUUGUCUACGGAACUGUAUAAUAAAAUGCAGUCGAUGAAGUAGUGUUAUAGGUAGAUAUAUUCAAUGAUAGAAAUUAGAAAACAUGAGUAGAGCAAGCAUCUCCCUAAUUUAUACCAAAGAUAGAUGUUUAGAAAAAAACUAGGAAAAUUUUUUGACUAACAAUAAGUUAGAAAUGAAACUAUACCCAUACUAGUAAAUCAAUAUUGUGUGAUUAGAAUAUCCGAGGUAAUUACUCAUAGAAAUAUCCAGCGUAGAUAUUAUAAUUAUGGAAAAAGUUAGUUUGUACAGUGUUGCAAUAAUUGUUUGACAUAUCCUUUUCAUCUCGCUUUUCAUUUUUACUAGUCAGUUUAUCAUACCUGACUAAAUCGUAAUACCUAUUUUCGAAAUGGUAUAUUAUUGAAUGGCUGACAUUUUAUUAAUGGGGUAAUAACUUCCAUGUUGUUUUUAUACAAAAAAAUCCGUCUAAACGAUUAAGUAAAUUGCUCUUGCAAGAGCUUUGGAUACUUAAUUUAUUGUUAUACUAGAUUCGAAUUAAUUCUUUGAAGUUUAUCUCAGUUUUAGUUAUUAUAUCGUCAGAUAGAACAUGUUCCCUUGAUAUAAAAACCACAGCAAUAUUGUACAGCACUGAUAUCGUUAAUUGCAUAGCAUGAAAUAUAAAAGAAAAAACGAUGUGACGGCUUCAGUAAAAUGAUAAUCAAAGCAACAAAAAGAAAGCAUAAAUGUCACGGCGUUAUAUGUAGUUAUAUUCGAUUAUUUGAUCAAUAUUUUAACAGUGGAUAAUACACGGGCUUCAACCGACUUAACGUUUUAAUACGAAUUCAGCCAUAGUGAUAUUUUCAUGAGUAUAGACUGAUGAGUUAUCGAUUCGUCGUUAAAUUAUAAUCGGUUGCAUUAGUUAUUCGUACGUGAUUUAUUUUUUAAGUGACACAGUGACUGACAAGAUCAUUUAAAUGAGUACCAAGCUAUUUAUUCGUUAGAUAUUAGAAAUGAUAAUAGAAAAACACGAAAAGUAAAUAAAUAAAAACAAUGUCCAGAUUACUACAGUAAAUACGAUUUAACUAUAUACUCGCAUAUUACAAUAAUAGCGAAUUAGUAUGAUAGGAUAGAAAAGAGAAAUUAUGAUUUCAAAGUUUUUAUGGUUUCUUUUUAAAUGCAAUGUAAAUAAUUAGUUCAUCACAAUUAGUUAUUAAUCAUAUGUUCUCUCUUUAAUUGUAAGUCAAUUAUUUAUAAUAACGGUAAUAUCACAACUAUCAGCCACUGAUUUCCAACAAAUUUCGUAACAUUCCAACGUGUCCAAUUUGGAAAGUUUGAGUCUACUAAGAAUAAACUUGAUAUCAAUAAUCGGGUAGUUGCGGUGAUACCUCCUUUGAGUUGGUACUACAUCGAUACUUCAUCAAACAAGAGCAACACGAUUGGUGGGACAAAUAUGACAAAAAUAAAAUUAAAGAAAUCAAUGAUAUUGUUGAAAACAAUUCUAUGCGUAUAAUAUACUUAAGGAUCCAUUUGUAUAAGUGAACAGUUUUUUUGUAUAUGAUUAUAAAUAAAUUAUAUUAUGUCGUUGGAUA